CAUGCAUCAUUUCACAUGGAGAGGAUUUACUAAGAUGACAAAACUCUUGGCUCUUCUCUUGCUCACCAACAUACGUAAAACUGUCACAGAGGACAUUGCUCAGUCCAACGUAGUGGUGACAGCGCAGUCUGGAGACAGUGUUACUCUUACAUGUGAUUCUACAUCUUUUUCUUAUAGCUCAGCAGUUUGGUUCAGACAUGUUGCUGGACAGAAGACACAGUUUAUUUUAGCGACAUACCAGCAAUCCACAGACUAUGCAUUUUAUAAUGGCUUUAAUGACACCCAAAGGUUUACUCUGCAGAGAAAACACAACAUGUUCAAUCUGCGCAUCUCAGGCACAAGUACUUCUGAUUCAGGUUUCUAUUACUGUGCUUUCUAUGGCAAUAAACUGGACUUUCACUUUGGUGCCACAUCCUAUUUGAUUGUAACAGAGCGCAAAUCCACAAGCAGGACUGUGGUGCAGCAGCCUGUGUCAGACCCAGUGCGUCCAGGAGACUCGGUGACUCUGCAGUGUAAAGUAGACCGUGAGACCUGUGCAGGAGAACACAGUGUUUACUGGUUCAGACACGGCUCGGGAGAAUCCCUUCCGGGACUCAUUUACACCCAUGGAAACAGCUGUGAUGAGUGUGAGAAGAGCCCUGAGGCUGGGUCUCCUACACACAGCUGUGUCUACAGCCUCCCCAAGAGGAACCUCAGUCGCUCUGAUGCUGGAAUUUACUACUGUGCUGUGCUCACAUGUGGGGACAUUCUGUUUGGAAAUGGAACACAGCUGGACAUUGAAGCAAAUGCUCCAUAUUUAUUAUCCAUUGCCCUCGGAGUAGCUUUGGGUUUGUGUACCAUUCUCAUCAUUGCUGUCUUCUGCACCAAAAACAAGAAAUACUGCCAGCAUUGUACAGCACGCAAAUCUCAGCACAUCCAUGAUGGUGACUUGACAGAGGAAGGAUACAACAAAGAGAAUCAGAAUCAUGAUUCAGAAAUGCUGAAUUAUGCUGCUUUGCAAUUUCCUGACAAGAAACCUAGACAUGGACAAAAGAAGAGACAGAUGGAGCAGGAAAGUGUAUAUUCAGAUGUCAAAUGGAGAAACUGGGAGUAAAAAUGUCCGUUUACACAUUCAGAAUAUAAAUGAUCAUUUUUUACUACUGUAUUGUGUUCAUAAACCAUAUUACUACUGGUGUUCUUAAUCGUUACAAACAAUCAUGAGUUUGGACCGCCUUAUAGUCAAUGUCAGGUAGGUGGAAUUGGCGUAAAGAUUAACAUAAUCGUUUAAAUCUCCAUUCAUAUACGAAAUAUGAUAACAGCUUGUUAAUUGGGAAAAUCUUUGACCCCCUUCCCACCAACAGAACUCAAGAUAGAGAGGACAUUUAUGUGUUUCUGGGCAUUUUCUAUGGUCUGCUGCACUUUUAAGUUUGUGUAUGUAU